GAUGACUGUGUUGUAAUGGAAGAUGUCGGAGGCUGGGGUCCGUGUGAAACAGUGGAGUUGCUGUUUACUGUAAGGGAAUUAGGUUCACAUAUUCAGGCAGUUGACUGGGAAAGUGUGGAGUUUGCGGCCAAAAAUAAAAUUGAGAGGUGCAGUGUUGUCAUACCCGAGGACCGAAAGUGGACGGUUACCUGUCACCUACACUAGCAAUGGCGCCACCAUCGCAAAAUUUGACUUUGGGUCUGCUGCAGUAGGGAAACUACAGCUAUGUAAUUGCUUGUAAGCCUGUUCUUGAAUGCCAGUGGCUAUAGAGUGGAUGCAGAAAGUUGUAAAAAGAGGUCCGAAGCUCUGUUCAAGGACUAUGAAAUUGCUGAACGUCACAACCAAAGCUGUGGGGUGAAGAAUAGAAGACGGUCACCUUUUUACUUCAAAAUAAGGUCGCUCUUUGUGAACCAUGAGAUUAGUGACUUUGAACCAGACCCAGCAGAUAAGAAUGCAGUCAUUGAUGAAAUGGAGUUUACAAAAAGUAUUAGUUCAGAUACUCAAGGUCAUCAAAAAAAGUUUUUGCCACAGUGUCCCAAGAAGAUCUCUUUUAAUGUCAAUUGCUCGUCUCUUGGACGAACACUUUCAUUACCCAACUCCAACAUUUACAGCCCAUCAGGUAUGGCAAUCGAUGGUGAAGCUUCACUUAUUACAAAGAGAAUCAUUUGAAGUUAAUAAAAUGGUAGAUUAUGAGAGGGAUCUUGGUGAAGUUUGGCAGAAUCAUCCCAGCCCUUUGGUUGCAUAUAACCUUCUAGCAUUGCCAGUACCUAACUGGAAACUGACAAGUGAGUGGAGUGUUGAGGAAGUAUAUCUGCUUAUUGACAACAUUAUAAAUUGGGAAUUACAGCCUCGUUCUUUACAAAAUCUUGAGAAAUCUGCCUUUCAGUCAGCAAAUGAAGAUCUGCUAAAUCAGGGAUAUUGUAAAUCUCCUGAACAUUGUUAUGAACUGUGGCAAUAUCUUGUAACCACAUACAGUUAUGGUGGAUAUAGAAACUUUGCAGAGCAACUUUGCAUUUUGCAUCUGAUAAACCCUUCAGUUUUACAAACAAAACCUUCUAGCUUACAGGUAAAAAUCCAUAGCAUCAGUUGUGUGUCUAACUAUGAAUGUCAAACUGGCAUUGCAAAACAGACCAAGACACUGAAGAGGCCACCAGAAGAUAUAGAAAGUACUAUACUGGAGUGCAUUCCAAAAAGCCCCAUAAAAAAGCUGAAAGUCUGUGCGAAAUUUAAUGCCCCAGGUAAUGUGGUGUCAUACGUUCGUAUAAAUGUUCCAAAACAAAAGCGUAGUAUCCAAGUGUCAACAGAUGAACUAAAUUAUGACAAAAAACACAAAAAAAUUUAUUCUAUUAAUAAUGCCAGUAAUAGAAAAGUGAAGAAAAUGACGAGAGAUAGUAAUAAAAUUCUUCCAGGACAUGUAUCAACUUUCAGCUUAGAAAGUGAACUUUCUCACAGUCAAGGAAAAACAAAAGCUAUAGUAUCAGAUGAAAGUAACAUAAAUGAAAAUCUACUAGAUGAGAUUAUUAUCAAAAGUGAAGAUAUAUUAGAGGAGAGGAGUACAUCAUUAAUAAGAGAUACAGAUGAUAAUCUUGUGCAAAAAUCAAAACCAAGCUCUCAAUAUUACUUCAAGUGUAGUCCAGAUUCCAAGGAAGAAAAAAUAAAGGUUGAUAUUACAAAAGUGAUAGUGAAUAAAAAAUCAAAGGUAAUCGAGUGCCGGACAACAGGAGUUUCUCCACGAACUAUAAUGCUUCAUUAUCCAUCAGAUUAUGCAAUACCAACAGACAUGUUACAAGUUUAUGUCUCUCGUGCAUUCGUUUAUCCAGAAUUGUUAGAAAGUGCAAAUGUAAAUAAUGAAGUUAUCAAAUUGUUAAAAAUUUACCAAGGACAAGUUUACAAGGAACAAAAGAACUUGAUGAAGAUAUUACAAGAUAGUCACAAACACCAAGUCACAGUCUUAAAAAACAUAUUUAAUACCUUCCAGGAAAUAUACAACUCCCUUGAUGCCUAAUUCUGUGAUUUUGGGACAAUCUGAUCAUUUAUAUUUGUUUUUUAUAUACCAAAUAUAUUAAACCUUUUUUAAGAGAA